AUGAUUGCAGCAAUAUUUGACAUCGAUCCUCAUCAUGUUGUUGUUACUAACAACAAAAAACAACAACAUCGACAACAACAUAAACAACAACAACAACAAUCUUUAACAAAUUCAAAUUCAAUUUCAAAUUCAGAGACUCUAAGCCAAACACUGUGUAGAGUUGAUGUUACCUUUAUUGUUGCUAAUGCAUUCCCAUUCAUUUCCGAACAGGCAGCAAAGCUUGUCAAUAACCAUCGUUCAUUGAAAUUCAUUUGUAAAGUGGCCUUUCUUGCUAGAAAUCUUCAUCCGAGAUUGAAAAUACCGAACUGCUGUCUGUCUGUCCUUAAUCUGAAGACUUCUUCACCUAAGUUUGUCACUCAAUCCAUCACUGGUAUAACAAUGCAAAACCCAAUCAUCGGAAACGGUCUUCGUCAAUACAGUAAGCGUGCCUUCGCCAAGAGAACUCGUCUCUAUUUGGCCAAGCAAAAGAAGGUUACCACUGCCCCAAAGGCUGCCCCAGCCCCAGUUGUCCGUGAAGCUACCAUCAAGGGUGGAAAGAAGGUCCAAUUGAAGGAAAAGACUGCCAAGUACGCCCCAGUCGAGACCUCUGAAGUCCGUGCUGUCGCCCGUCAAUACAAGCAAUCCCCAGUUGCCCUCCGUAAGACCAUCACCCCAGGUACCGUCCUCAUCAUCGUUGCUGGUCGUUACGCCGGAAAGAGAGUCGUCUUCUUGAAGCAACUCACCUCUGGUCUCCUCUUGAUCACCGGUCCAUUCAGACUCAACGGUGUCCCAUUAAGACGUAUUGACCAACGUUACGUCAUCGCCACCUCCACCAAGGUCAACGUUGCCAACGUCAAGGUCCCAGAGUCAGUCAAUGACUGUUACUUCAAGGCUGAGAAGAAGGCCGCCACCACCAAGAAGGCUGAGGGUGAAUUCUUCAAGGAUGGUGAAAAGAAGACCACCGAGAAGGCCGCCAAGAAGCUCCCAGAGGUACGUAUUGCCGACCAAAAGGCUGUUGAUACUGCCAUCCUUGCUGCCCUCAAGGGUCAAAAGGAAUUGGUCCUCUACUUGAAGACUGCCUUCGGUCUCCGUAAGGGUGAAUUCCCACACGCUCUCAAGUUCUAA